AUGUGCCUCACGCAUUCUAUGUGCCUCAUUUCUCUGUCUGUUCCCUCCCUCAUCUCUCCACAGAGCUACACGUCUCUGCUGACGGGCUAUGGGCUGGCGGCAAUACUGGCCAAAGGGUCGUCCAAGAAGACCCUCAAGGGAGCGGAGGGCAUGGGGAAGGAUGCGUUUGACUUCGGAGUAGUGCUCUUCUCGCUGCUCACGGGCCGGCAGGGCGCACACAGCACAGCGCAGCAACACGGAGCAGAGGCCCUCUUUGACUGGGCCGAGCCCUACACUGACGACCUUGCCCGCAGCGCGGAGUGCGGCAGUGCCACAAGGCGCAUGGUGGUGCGCAUGCUGGAUGUGCUGGCUAAGGAAUGCAUGCAGGAUGAUCCCAGUGCGGUGAGGCACAUGGUGGUGCGCAUGCUUGAUGUGCUGGCCAAGGAGUGCAUACAGGAAGAUCCGCUGUGUCGGCCCAAUAAGCAGGAUUUAGUGGUGAGGCUGUUCCGGCCGCAGGACUCGCUGCAGGCUCACUAA